AUGGCUAGUGCUCUCGAUACAUUAGCGGAGGACGUCCAAGAGACGUUAAAACGGCUUUCUAGGGCGACGGAAGCCGUCGUCAUUGCUGACGCACUGUCAGAGAAGAAGGCCGCAGAAAUGGCAGCGCGUCCAAUCAUGCGAGAGGCCCGUGGCAAAAUAAGUAUUCUGCGUGCUGAGGUGCGUCGAACGCAGGACCAGGUGACGCGGGCCCAGUACGAAAAUGUAUGCCGCGAUGCGGAUGAGUUGGUUCGUUCUUUGGAUGCCGAGAUGAAACGACAGAUUUACCCACAGCGCCCCGCGACACGGGCCAAGACAUACACGGAGCGGAAAGAGGAAGAGUUGUUGGGAGUUGGCGGGUCAGAUGGGAAGGGCUUUAAGGACUCUGAACAAGUGCUUCAGGCAGCUGUAAAUGUGCAGAAUGACGCGUUACUUUCACUAGGGCGGGCGGAGCGACUGCAGCACAUGACGGAGGAAUCAGGACGUGAAACACACCAAACGCUGCACCGACAGACAACGGAGAUUUAUCAAAUAGACGAAGAGCUUCAGAACCUGCAGGGGGGGCUUGAUCGAGUGUCACGUGAAGUGAAGUGGUUCUAUCGACAGUUGGCUGGUGAUCGGUGUUUUGUUUCGCUUUUUGGCAUAUGUGUCGUGGCGCUGGCAGUGCUGGUUUUUGUGAUGUUGUACAAGAAACGUCACAAGUGA